AUGCGCCGGCAUAUUGAAAAAUUAGAGAUAUACUACGAAAACUCCGAAUGGUUUCGGAAGUGUUAUAACUUCAAGGUGUUAUACCAUGAGCACGGUUUUAGAAUCGAACUGAGAGCCCCUCCCCUCCUCUCAUCCCUUGACUGUUUCAGUUUUAUUGAAAUCUACAAAAUUGAAUUUGACUUGUCAAAUCCUUGGUGAGGGACUUGUAAUUUUGAAUUAACAAUUUCGUUCAAACUGAAACCGUCAAGGGAUGAGGGGGAGGGAAGACGGAGUUUCAGGCAGAGCCAUAGCCGUUCUGAAGGUAUACAAGUGAUUUACCAAGGUGUAAUCGUUAUUGCUUUAGGAGCAUCUGUUGUUUCAAAUCCUAAAGAAUGCUCAUCUCCAAUCCAAGUAUUUUUGGUGGGACUAUUUGGGCUUUAUUUAGCAGGCCUUAUUAUAAAUUUUGGUGUGGGGUUUUCCAGGUGAUGCAAGGCGUAUGUCAUGACAGGGCUUUACAAGCCUACAAUUGAAGGAAUUGUAAAAGGUGUCGAUCUCUGCUAUAUUCCUAUUUAUUUAACUUUUUCGAUUUUUGAAUUUAUUUGGUAUAUUAUUGGAAGUGUGUGGUAUUUUGAGAGCAGUGACUGCUCUAGUGAGUAUAGUCAAGGUGCUACUUUUACGAUUGCAUUACUUGUGGUAUGGUAUAUCUUCAUGGCGAUAUCAAUUAUCUUUUUCAUUGGAGUGAAUUGGUAUGUGCACUCUAUUGAAGUGGUGCGAAAUCCGCCAAAAGAGCAGCAAAAUCAAAAUCCUGAUAUAAAGGUCAAUCAGCCACCCUAUCCUGGAAAUCAGCCUUAUUUUCCAGGAAGCAGGGCUCCAUAUUGGGCACAAGAGAAUACAUAUCCACAAACACCUGCCAAUCAAUCAUAUUAUGAUAGCAGAGGGUAUGAUCCAAGAUACUCAGGAGCAAAUGAUCCUAGAUAUAGCUAAUUCUUUAUAUAUGCAUUUUAAAUAAUAAUAUAUUUGAUUGUGCUUAUUCACUCACUGAAGUAUAUCAAGAGCCAAGGUAUCCAGGGCCCUAUGAUUCAAGAUAUCCAGAUAGAUACGAUCAAGGAUAUGGUCAAGGAUAUGAAGAAGACUACAAUAGAUACCCAGAUCGACAAAGCCAGUAUCCGCCUGAAUAUUAUGAGCCAAGAUAUGAAGGAGGGUAUGGGAGAUAUCCAGAAAGACAAGAACAGUAUCCCCCAGAAAGAUAUGAUCAAAAUUAUGCAAGUGGGUUUAAUAGAUCUUCUCCUAGGCAAAGCCAAAGCCAAUAUAACUAUCAAGGGAAUCCAGGCUCGCCUUAUAAUCGCACUAAUUAUUAA